AUGGACGACCAGCUGGCGCUGGAGCCGCUUGUAGCCAGGCUUACGGUGUUCCUUCUCACCGAACUCGGGAGCGUCGACUUGAUGCGCCUGAUAUCAUGGAGCGUGUUGCGCCAGCUCGCACCUUACGCCGACGGCGAGGCCAACGGAGGAACGCUGAAUGAGAUACGCGACGUUUGUUACGACGAUGUUGCGGAAGUGCUUGAGCCGGCGCUCACGUCCAAGUACAUUUACAAGAGGCUCACACCCGACGUGCUUCGAGAGGCGACGUACAUGGGUUACCGCGUGCGCCACAGCAUCAUGAAAACCGUCGGCGAGUCCAGCUGGCUGCCUCCUGACGCCAGGAAUGCGGCGCGCAGAAAGGCCGAAGCCAUGAGACUGAUCAUCGCGUUCCCGUUCAACCUGACGCGUCUGUCAGCGCUGGAGCGCCUUUACGCCGAUUUGCCGGACGUUCCACUGACAAACACAUCAACAGGCCAAAUGGGUGGCCGUGGUACCGGCCGGAGCUACGUCUUGUCGUGGUUGAACGCAAGCCGCUUCCAGCGGCGCAUCGCAAUCCGAUACCCGACAGAGAUCUUCUUCUGGCUGGGCGCAGUGAACGCACAGCACACGUACUCUACCAACACCGUCAACUUGGCGGGCGCCUUACUCGAACCUGUGAUCUACUACCCCGGCGCACCUGUCGCGUACAACUACGGAGGCCUUGGACAGGCACUCAAGAAACGCUCGCUUGCGCUGAAUCCAAUGGACUCGGAGGACCUGGCAGACGACAUGGGUGUCCGCGUGGCCUUCAACGCCCUGCGGAAUAUCACAGGCGCAUCCGACAGAGGGGGCACUCGCAAAGUGGCCGGCUUCUCCGAGCUUCAGCUGUUCUUCCUCGGCCACUGCGCCAAGAUGUGCGAUCCCAGAGUGCCCCCGCGCGAACGGGACAGCUCCAAGCCGUACGCACCCAACUGGGCCCGUUGCGUGGUUCCGCUGAUGAACAUGCCAGAGUUCGCGGACGCCUUCCAGUGCGCGAGUGGCACCCUAAUGAACCCUGAGCGUAAAUGCCAGUUUUGGUAG